AACCCAACCCAAACGAAUGAAACGAAACGAAGACGAUUGAGUUUCUGAACUGAACUGAAAUCAAUGUUUUUGAAGUUGUUUGUUUUUAUUUUAUAUGUAAUGAAAAGAAAGUAGUCAUUUUAAUUCAAGUAAAUUCGUUGAUAUCGCAAACAUGGAAUCUGUGAUGUCGUCUGAUGAUAGCUGCGAUUCAGAGAUGAAGAACAUGAAAAGUCAAUUAUCGGCAUUUGGCUUGGAUGAAGAAAAUUUGAGCAAGGAGGAGAUGAGUGACCUGUUAAAAGCUUUGAAUAAUUCUAAGGACUCUGCAAAAGACGAAAUGUUACGACAUAAGGCUGAAGAAAAAGUCAAUGCCACUGAAUCUCCUAAAAAGACAAUGAGGCGCAGAUACCUGAAUGUGAAAGAUCGUAGAAUGCCAUGGAGUCUCUUGCCCAGCACUAUAACACAGGCUGAGAAAGCGCGGACUCUAGCUGUUUACAUUAAGUUAAUGUCCAUUAAUAAUUACCGUCAAGCUCGACAAUCCCCCAGUUUCAUGUCGUGGCCACCCCCCCUCCAAAUAAUUGAAGAAACCACGAGGGUUCAACCUUUGCGAUCAACUCGCAGUGGGCGCUCAGUUCCUAUAUAUGCAGGAUUUGAUGAUGACUCUUCAGACUUAGAUUUUGUUGUGACUAAGACAAAGAAAAGGAAGAUAUCAAACAGUGAGCACACUUCCACAGAAGGUACAUCUACCAACAAAACUGUGAGUCUUAAAAGAAAACCAUCCAAGGAUGAGAACACCAGGCCUGUAAAGGAGCCAAAAUUAAGUUCAGAGAAUAACAAACUGGAGUCUAAUGUGUCACAAAACAAUGUUAAAAGUAUCUUUACAUUGAUUGAAGACUGAAAUCAAAUGAAUUGUAAACAUUUAAGUGAAUACUAGUACUGGUAUGAUUAGAUGAUGAAGAAAAUUAGAGUAUAACAUUUAUUCAGCUAUUAUAAACAUUUUCUCUAGUUACAUGCCUACUAGAUAGUAGAAUAAAUUGAUUAUUUAUUGUAAAUUACCUCUUGUAAACAUUUGGCCUUUGUUUCGCUUUAAAUAUGGUUGUAAUCUAAGGGGGACUCAUUUGUAUUACUUGGUUAUGGUAAUAGAAUAUGUAUUAUCAUCACCAAUGUUUUAAGUACAUACAUGUCUAAUGUUACUCAUAAUACAGAUAUAAUAGCUAUUAAUUUGUUGAAAUGUCAUAAGUAUUGUGUGAAAGUUGGGUGCAGUGAGUAUAUGUUAUCUGUGAUUUUUAUUUAUAAAAGUAUAAUACAUGAUAGGUGAAGAAACUUGGUUUUAAAGGAAAAUUGUUUUGUCAUCAAAAUAAAUAAGACAUAUUUUAAGUUAGAUUUAUUGUUCUCAAGGCAAAACCUUGUUUUAGUAGUUGUGCAAUAGGGUUAGUUUUAAACAGACCUUACACAGGAUAUCUUCAGGUUUUAUGAAUAAAAAUUUGGAAAGCAA